AUGAUUUCGCCAAACAGAAGAUUCAGAUUCGAUACACGCAGCGUGUGGGUUGGCAAGGUAAGAGAAAAAGGAAAUUCUCUCCCUUCCACCGCACACGCAAAGCGGCUUACGACAGAGGCCGAAUGGUUGUUGCUCUCUCCUUUCCCCGUCUAUUUUCCUCUCUUUUCUUUUUUUUUUACUUCUUUUUCAACCGCCGCUAUAUUUUCCCGUCCACUUGCGGCACGCGUCUCAAUAAUUCCCCUCGCCACGUUUUCGAUCCCUCGUCACAGACACCUCGCGUCGCGCUUCCUCUUUCUUCAAAAAAGAAAAAAAAAGGUCACCGCGCCUUAUAUAUAUAUUUAUUUAUUUAUUUCUGUAUACGUGAACAGUUUCCACCCCUUCACUUUUUGUUUCCUAUUAGCUUUCUUGAAGCUCUUUCUUUCUGUCUUCCCUAUGGAAACCCAACAAUAA